AUGAGUGAGCAGCAAGGCAAUAAGCCUCAUCGAGGAGGGCCUCAAAAGAAUACUGCAAAGAAGAAACUACAUCAAAAUGGACAAAAUAAGAAGGCAUUUGCCGUUAAUGCUCCGAGAAAAAUGGAGAGGAUGGCAAGACGCUCUCAUGAUGUUAAUGAAAAGAGAUUGCAUGUACCAAUGGUGGAUAGGACGCCAGAUGAUGACCCUCCACCAGUAAUUGUUGCUGUAGUUGGUCCACCAGGAACUGGUAAGACAACUUUAGUUAAAUCUUUAGUCAGACGGUUGACGAAACAUACAUUAACCGAAAUUAAAGGACCAAUUACUGUUGUGAGUGGAAAAAGAAGACGAUUAACUUUCAUUGAAGUGAAUAAUGAUUUGAACUCCAUGGUUGAUGCUGCAAAAAUUGCGGACUUGGUAUUAUUGCUAAUUGAUGGCAAUUUUGGCUUAGAAAUGGAAACUAUGGAGUUCUUGAAUAUUGCACAGCAUCAUGGUAUGCCUCGAGUGUUAGGCGUGGUGACCCAUUUAGAUUUAUUUAAAUCUCAAUCGACAUUGAGAACGUCUAAAAAGAGGUUGAAGCAUCGUUUUUGGACAGAAGUUUAUCAAGGAGCAAAGUUAUUCUACUUAUCGGGAGUGAUAAAUGGGCGUUAUCCAGAUAGAGAAAUAUUGAAUUUAGGGAGGUUCAUUUCUGUUAUGAAAUUUCGACCCUUGAAAUGGCGAAAUGAGCAUCCUUACAUGUUGGCUGAUAGGGUCACAGAUUUAACGCAUCCAGAAGUCAUUGAAAACAAUCCCAAAUGCGAUAGAAAAGUUGCCAUAUACGGUUAUAUACAUGGGACUCCAUUGCCAUCUUCAAAUGCACAUAUUCAUUUGGCAGGUGUCGGCGAUUAUCAUGUUCAUUCCGUCGAGAAGUUACCUGAUCCUUGCCCUACUCCUUAUUUUGAACAGAAACUAGAGGAGAUAGAAAGAGAGAAGGCGAAAGAAGCUUCUGCAAAUGGUGAAAGUGUGGCUAGAACGACUCGUAGAAGAAAAAGAUUAGAAGAUAAGCAAAAAAUUAUAUAUGCUCCUAUGUCUGACGUUGGGGGUGUGUUCGUAGACAAAGAUGCAGUGUUCAUUGAUUUAGGCGCCAAGGAAUCUUUUGUGGAAGGUGAUGAGCUUGGUGAAGGUGAAAAGAUAGUAACAGAAUUGCAAGAUAUAAAAAAGACUAUGGCCGAGAGUUUCGAACAGGCCCCCGGCUUGCAGUUAUUUUCAGGAUCCAAAAUGUUGAAAGAAGACGAAAAAGCAAUAACUAAUUCAGAUGAAGAAUCGCUUUUGGAAUCUCAGGAUGAUAAACAAUCAUUAUCUGAUUCAAAUAAUACAGGUAGAAAGACAUUACGGAUUAGAGCAAAGGGCCGACCAGUAUUCCAAAAUGAGGAUUUGGAAGACUAUGAUCUGGAUGUUUCUUCAGAUAGCGAUAAAGAAUCCCUAGUUUCUAAAAAAAUAGAAAAAGAAUUUGGUCAGAGAUACACAGCAGACGACUUAGAUUUCCAAGCUGAUUCAUCAUUAUCAUCUGACGAAAGUGACGGUGAUUUCAAUGCUAUUGCGUCUAAGUUAAAUGGGAGCAUUCAAAAAAAGUGGAACAUAAAUAAGCUUGUUUACAUGAAAAACAUUGACCCUGCUGAAGUGGUAAAAAGAUGGAGAAAUGAAACUCAGUCUGAUGAGCUGGAUAUAGAAGAAGACGAGGACUUUUUUAAGGUAAAGGAGCUUACAGGUUUGGAAGAAGACGAUGAUUUCCACUCAAGCUACCCACCUCUUGAAGAACUUAAAGAAAGAUUUGAUGCCUCGAAACUUGAUGAAUCUGAAGAAGAAUAUGACAAUGGUUAUAAUUCAAUAAAAUCCAGAUUUUUAAUUGCUCCAAAACUCAAUGGCCCUUCUGAUAGCAAGCUUGAUCUGGAUGGUGAGAAUGGUGAUAUGUAUGGUGACUUUGAAGAUUUAGAAGAUAAUGAAGUUGAUGCCCGAGAAACAAAUACGAAUGACUCUCGGGAUACAUUUAGUACUUUUGAUCAAGAAUCGGAGAAUGAUAAAGGCGAAGACUCAAGCGAAGACGGAGAUGAAGAUGAUGAGGAUGAAGAUGAAGAUGAUAGCAUGACUGCUGAGGAAAAGAGAAAACUUAAUGCUGCUAAAAAAGCACAGUUGAAGAUGCAAUUCGACGAAGAGGAAGAUCGAGAUUUCGGUGCAGACGACCCAGAGGGCGAUACCGAGGCUGAUACUUGGUACGAGUUUCAAAAAAACAAGAUGGCCAAACAGCUUGAAGUAAAUAAAGCUGAGUUCGCUAGUAUGGAUGAGGCUAGUAGAAUUCAGAUUGAAGGAUACAGAGCCGGUUCUUAUGUUAAGUUAGUUUUUAAUGAUAUCCCUUACGAAUUCAUAAAAAAUUUCCUGCCAGAGUAUCCUAUCGUAUUAGGGGGCUUAUUACCGACGGAAUCUAGAUUUGGUAUAAUGAACGUUAGGAUGAGACGUCACAGAUGGCAUAAAAAGAUUCUUAAAUCUCAAGAUCCACUUAUUCUAUCGCUUGGUUGGAGAAGGUUUCAGACCCUACCAAUUUACACAACUUCAGAUUCUCGAACAAGAAACAGAAUGUUGAAAUAUACUCCAGAGCACGCAUAUUGCUUUGCUUCUUUUUACGGUCCCUUGGUAGCGCCAAAUACAACUUUUGUGGGUUUUAAUAUUGUUGACAAUCUGCAAACAACAGGUUCAUUUAGAAUAGCAGCAACCGGGAUUGUCGAGGACUUGAAUUCAUCAGUGGAAAUUGUGAAAAAGCUUAAAUUAGUUGGACAUCCGUACAAAAUAUUCCGGAAUACAGCAUUUAUUAAAGAUAUGUUUUCAAACUCUUUGGAAGUAGCUAAAUUCGAAGGUGCCUCAGUAAGAACUGUCUCUGGUGUCAGAGGAGAAAUUAAACGAGCACUAUCUAAACCUGAGGGUCAUUUUAGAGCUACGUUCGAGGAUAAAAUUUUAAUGUCAGAUAUUAUAUUUUUAAAAACGUGGUAUCCUGUCAAAGUUAAGAAGUUUUAUAAUCCAGUAACAUCGUUGCUUUCGGGAUCUCCAUCUGAAUGGAAAGGAAUGAGGUUGACGGGAGCUGUUCGUGCCCAAAAUGGAAUGGAAGCAUCCUAUGAUCCAAAUAGUGCCUACACUAAAAUUGAACGUUCUGAAAGAAAAUUUAAUCCUCUUUUCGUUCCAAAAUCUGUGAGAGAGACCUUGCCUUAUAAAUCUCAAAUCCACCAGAUGAAACCUCAAAAGAAAAAGACUUAUAUGGCUAAACGUGCUGUUGUCUUGGGAGGAGAGGAAAAGAAGGCGAGAGAUCUUAUGCAAAAGGUUGCAACUCUCAAAAACGAGAAGGAAACUAAGAGGAAAGAAAAGAAGAACGAGAAAUUCAAAGAAAAGCUUAAGGCUAUGGCCAAAAAAGACCUGUUGAGGAAAGAAAAAGAAAAAGAACGCAAAAAGGACUAUUUUCUGAGACAGGGUAAGAAGAGAUCUUUAGCUCCUAGCGACAAUAGCGACCGUGCUUUUGGAUCUAAGAGACGGUCAUAG